AUGAAAGUUGUAGAUAUUGACACUAUUUGCAAAAAUGAAGACGUUAACACUUCACUUUGCAUAACUCUACUCAAAUCAAAACAAGGUGCAGAUCUACUUAUCCUUGCCCAAUACACCAUUGAUGUAUUAUAUACUGAAGUGAACAACACAGUCAAACUUAUCAAGACACUAAUUUAUCAAUAUGAUAAAGAUCCUAAAGCAAAAUCCCAUUACAAGGAAUGUUUCAACCUUUUUGGUGAACCAAAUGGUGCUGCCGGUGAUAUUGAAGAAAUUGAAAACAGGAUGAAGGAUGGAGAUUACGGUGGGAUGAGCCGGAAGGUAUUAUCGAUCACGAUAGAUUAUGAAUCUUGUAUUGAAGGAGAAUAUCCAACUGACACACCUUACCCGGAUAAAUCUUUACUCCCAAAGUAUGCUAAAGGUGUUAACGACGUCGCUUCAAUUCUCUUUGUUAUAUCAAAUUAUUUGAUCGGAAAUGUUUAA